AUGAUAUUACAAAGUCUUCUACUACUGCUACUCACGGCCAUUGCGCCUGUCUUUGCCGAGACUGGCAUUGACGCAUGGUUGCGAUAUGCUCCUCUUCCAAGCUCUGUUACAAGAGGCCAUCUUAAUUCUUUCCCGAACCACAUUGUCGCCCUCAACGCCACCAAAAAUGGGCCUCUAUCAAGUGCUGCAUCAGAGCUACAAAAGGGUAUCAAAGGCAUUCUAGGUCUCAAUCUAGGAGUCAGCUCAAGCCAAAAGAGCUACUCUGCCCAAAAAACCAUUGUUGUUUCUACUCUCGAUUCUUAUAAGGCAGCUUGCGGCAAGCUUACGCCAAAGCUGGAUUUAAUAGAAGAUGGAUAUUGGCUCAGCACCAAGGGCGAAUCAGUACAAAUCAUCGGCCAGAAUGAGAGGGGCGCACUUUACGGUGCUUUCCAAUACUUGUCUUUGCUUGGGCAGGGCAACUUUUCCCAAGUUGCCUUUGCUUCCAAUCCCAGUGCACCAAUUCGAUGGUCCAACCAGUGGGACAAUCUCAACGCCGCAACAGCAGCUCACGGCAGCAUCGAAAGAGGCUACGGUGGUGUUUCCAUCUUCUUCGAGAAUGGCUAUGUCAAGAAGGACCUUUCUCGAGUUCCACUCUACGGCCGUUUGCUGGCUUCUGUUGGCCUGAACGGCAUCGUCAUCAACAACGUCAAUGCCGAUGCGACGCUUCUCAACGAGACGAAUCUAGAAGGCGUCAAGCGAAUCGCUGAUUUGUUCCGGCCGUGGGGAGUCCAGGUUGGAAUCUCACUCAACUUUGCCUCGCCUCAGGUCCUCGGAGACUUGGACACAUUUGAUCCCCUGGACGAGACUGUCAUCAAAUGGUGGACAGACAAAUCCAACAGGAUAUAUGAACUUGUGCCCGAUUUUGCGGGCUACCUGGUCAAGGCCAACUCAGAGGGCCAACCCGGGCCGUUAACAUAUAAUCGCACUCUAUCUCAAGGUGCCAAUCUCUUUGCAAAGGCCAUUGAGCCACAUGGCGGCAUUGUCGUGUUCCGGGCCUUUGUUUAUGACCAGCUAAAUGAGACCGAUUGGAAGGCUGAUCGAGCCAACGCCGCAGUUGAAUUCUUCAAAGACCUAGAUGGACAGUUUGAUAGCAACGUUCUGGUCCAGAUCAAAUUCGGCCCCAUCGAUUUCCAAGUCAGAGAGCCCCCUUCUCCUCUCUUUGUCAAUAUACCCAAGACGCCCGUGUCAAUAGAGCUUGAAGUCACCCAAGAGUAUCUUGGCCAGCAGUGCCAUUUGGUCUAUCUCCCGCCUUUGUGGCAGACUAUCCUGGGCUUCGAUAUGCGAGCCAAUGGCCGGCAGUCUUAUGUUCGCGAUAUUGUCACAGGCAAGACAUUCAAUCACAAGCUUAGCGGCUAUGCUGGAGUUAUCAACAUCGGCAUGAAUGAUACGUGGAUUGGUAGUCACCUGGCAAUGUCCAACAUGUUUGCUUUCGGUCGGUUAGCCUGGAACCCCCAGGCAGAUUCUCAGGAUAUAGUUGAGGAAUGGACUCGUCUAACGUUUGGCCUCAACCGAGAUGUCGUUUCAGCUAUUGUGAGCAUGUCCAUGAAGUCAUGGCCGGCGUAUGAAGACUACAGCGGCAACCUCGGUAUUCAGACUCUUACCGAUAUCUUAUACACCCACUAUGGCGCAAAUCCGGCCUCUCAGGACAACAAUGGCUGGGGACAGUGGACGCGAGCCGACAGCAAAACUAUUGGCAUGGACCGCACGGUAUCGAAUGGCACAGGAAAUGCCGGCCAGUACGCCAAAGAAGUUGCACAUAUGCUUGAGUAUACUCAAACUACGCCAGACGAUCUGCUGCUAUGGUUCCACCACGUGCCUUAUACUUUCAAGCUACACUCUGGCAAGACGGUGAUUCAGCAUUUCUACGAUGCUCAUUAUUCUGGAUCUGCAACGGCACAAACCUUCCCCGCCACUUGGAAGUCGCUUCAGGGCCAAAUAGACGCAGAAAGAUACAAAGAGAUCUUGUACAGACUGACAUAUCAAGCUGGUCACUCUCUGGUAUGGCGUGACGCCAUUAGCGAAUUCUAUCGCAACCUUUCAAGCAUUCCCGAUCAGCUCAAUCGUGUUCGGAACCACCCCCACCGUAUUGAAGCUGAGGCAAUGGACCUCUCAGACUUCACGAUAGUCGAUGUUGAUCCUACCGAAUGCGCAUCCAAGUACAAAGCGAUUGCGACGAACGGAACUGGCACAGCCACUACAAAACUGAACGUUCCAAGCGGAAAGUACAAUGUCGCAAUCAAUUAUUACGACGUGAUGGGUGGAAUCGCCAACUACGAGGUGCUGCUUAAUGGCAAAUCUGUCGGAACUUGGAAAGGCGACUCGGAGAAAUAUCUUGGCCAUGACUACAGCUCAUUCCUUGACUGUCACUCGGCCAUUCGUAUCACGUUUGAGGGUGUCAAGAUCAAGAAGGGAGACAAGUUGACUAUCAAGGGAAGUGGGAAUGCUUUGGAGCAAGCGGCUAUAGACUAUGUCUCCAUUCUGCCACAGGGUGUGGUCGAUUAA